AUGGCGGAUUGUGUACAGAAAAUGUUAUCGAGAGAAGAAUCGCCCAAAAAAGAAGARAAAGCGACACUUGAAGGAGAGAAUAUCAAAGAUGAACAACAGAAUAAGCCCGCCAAAACGACCUUUAGCUGGACAGGGAAAAGGAAGUCMGAUCCUUUGGAUGGUAAACCUCUUCUUGGCGCAAAAGGUGGAAGUGGAAUAACUAUAAAACUUGCAUCUGAUGCAAAGAAAAAGAAGCAGGAGCCCAUUGUACAAAAGAAAGCUGGAAGUGUGGCUGCCAUUUUUGGUGAUGAGAGUGAUGAGGAAGAAGAAAUACCACCAGAAGCUAAGAUGAGAAUGCGUAACAUUGGAAGGGACACUCCAACCUCAUCAGGUCCUAAUUCAUUUAAUAAAGGAAAACGUGGAUUUACACAUCAUGGAAAAGUGUUUGAAAAAAAGUUAAAGGAAAUGAAACCGCCUUAACAAUGAUAAAUAAUUUAAUGUAAAUAUCCACUCUGGCAUUUUAAAGAUAUUUGAAUUUAUA